GCAGCUGCAUAUCGCAAACGUUUUACAAGCCCCGUCCCAUUCCCGCCUGUGCCGGUCACGCUCUCGCACCGGCGGCAGCGGCAGCAGCAAGAGGGGCGAGCAGUGGAUCAGACGCACGCGCGUGUGUUGUGCUUGCCGGAACCUCGGGGCGCCGACAGGCUUUCCGUCCCGGUCGCCGAAGGGCAGCGUUCACUGGCGGCCUGUCGCGAGAGGGGCGCCAUGGCUGCGACGGAGGACUCGCUCGCUGUCGUCGGAGGCGGCCUGGUGGGAUCACUAUGUGCCUGCCUUCUCGGCAACCGUGGCUUCCAAGUCGACCUCUACGAGUCCAGAGAAGACAUCCGCGAGCAGGAGCACGUGGCUGGUCGGAGCAUCAACCUGGCGCUGUCUGUGCGCGGACGCGCCGCGCUGGCACUGGUGGGGCUGGAGGAGGAGGUGAUCGAGCGGCACGCCAUCCCCAUGCACGGGCGCCUCAUUCACAACACGGACGGCACGCGCAAGCCCAUCCCGUACGGCAGGAAGGGACAGAGUAUUUUCUCCGUGGGUCGCCGCUACCUCAACGAGGUCCUUCUUUCCGCUUGCGAAGCCAACCCGAACGUGCGGCUGCACUUCCGGCACAAGCUGCAGUCGGCCGACCUGGACCAGGCGGAGCUAAACUUUCGCGGCCCCGACGGCAAGGAGGUCCGCGUGCACCACCGCGCGGUGCUCGGCUGCGACGGCGCCUACUCGGCGGUGAGGCGCCAGAUGCUGCGGCGACCCAUGUUCAACUACUCGCAGACCUACAUCCCGCACGGGUACCUCGAGCUCUGCAUACCGCCCACGAAGGACGGAGAGUUUGCAAUGGAGGUGAAUUACCUGCACAUCUGGCCCCGUGGCGAGUUCAUGCUGAUCGCACUGCCAAACCAGGACAAGACGUACACAGCUACGCUGUUCAUGCCGUUCGCCGUGUUCGACGGGCUCACCGACCGACAGAAGCUGUUGAGCUUCUUCGACAAGUACUUCCCAGAUGCAGUGCCUCUCAUUGGAAAGGAUCACCUGGUCAAGAGUUUCUUUGCUGUGAAGGCAUCGCCUAUGGUCAUGAUCAAGUGCAAGCCAUACAACGUGUUCGACAGGUCCCUGAUCCUUGGUGAUGCGGCGCAUGCUAUGGUUCCUUUCUACGGCCAGGGGAUGAACGCGGGUUUCGAGGACUGUUGUCUUCUGAAUGAGCUCCUGGACGCCCACGGCCACAACUUGAAGGCCAUCUUCGAGGAAUUCACCGAGACGAGGAAUCCCGACGUGGAGGCAAUGUGCGACCUGGCCCUGUACAACUACGUAGAGAUGCGUCACCUCGUGAACUCCACUUCGUUCUUGAUACGGAAAAAGUUCGACCUCUUCUUGAACACGAUCCUACCGAACUUCUGGAUACCGCUCUACACUACGGUUACGUUUACAAGGAUUAGGUACCACGAAUGCGUCAAGAAUAGAGCGUGGCAGGACAAGGUACUGUCGCGCCUCACGAACGGCACCUUGGUGAGCGUCGCUGUUGCAGCGCUGGCGGCGGGCUUGAAGUGGCUUCAGCUGUACUACUACCCGUAACCACGGAGGUCAUCGCAUAGCUUGUUCCGCAUCGUGAAUUCACCGUUUGUUGCUGCAUAACGAAGACGUGUUACAGCGCGUGCGGGAGGACCUUGACGAUAGGAGCAGUGCUCAAUUAAAACCUCAGUCUGUGCUGAUUGGUUCUUUGUUCAAAUGAAUGCGUGAACGACGCGGAAAAAAAAAAUUACAAGGACGAGUACAGGAGGUACGAGGUUCGUUGGUCAUGGCAUCGUUUAUAACUUUUUUUUUCUUCCGCCCUGCCCAUCAUAUAAAGAGUUACUUUGAUUAGAAUAAACUUCAAAGUUCAAAUAAGCAGA